AGGGUCACUUCCGAGGCAGACGCGGAAGUGUGGGGAGGCACGGGGAGCCGGCUCGGGACGGAGUUUCUGGCUCAGCCGCGUGCUUUGGGAACGUUCUGGAGAAGUCGGUUCCUCAAGGUCCGCUUCGCCCAGCGCAGACCCGACGAGUCCAGCGCCCUGCCGCCCCUCGCCCCGGUGUCGAUGCCGGCCGCGCCUGGGAGGCCCCGCAGCGGGGCCGGGCCAUGAGCCUUCCCGGCGGCCUGCCCCCAUCGCUGCGAGCCCCGGCGCAGUCCGGCAAGGUCAGGAUGAAAAAGCUCCCGAAGAGGAGCCAGAACGAGAAGUACCGACUCAAGUACCUGCGGCUGCGCAAAGCCGCCAAAGCCACGGUGUUUGAAAAUGCUGCUAUUUGUGAUGAAAUUGCUCGUCUUGAGGAAAAAUUUCUUAAAGCAAAAGAAGAAAGACGGUACUUGCUAAAGAAGCUCCUCCAGCUUCAGGCUCUAACUGAAGGGGAAGUACAGGCUGCAGCUCCUUCCCACAGCUCCAGUUUGCCCCUGACUUAUGGUGUGCCCAGCUCUGUGGGAACGCUACAGGGAGCUGUGCCCAUUUCUGGGCCUAGCACUGGGGCUGAGGAACCAUUUGGGAAGAAAUCCAAGAAAGAGAAAAAAGAAAAAGGCAAAGAGAACAACAAACUGGAAGUUCUGAAGAAAACAUCCAAGAAAAAGAAAAUGGAGGGAGGUGCUCGCAAGCUGGUUCAGCCCAUUGCUCUGGAUCCCUCAGGACGGCCUGUGUUCCCCAUCGGACUGGGGGGUCUAACAGUAUAUAGCCUGGGGGAGAUCAUCACCGACCGACCUGGCUUCCAUGAUGAGAGUGCCAUCUACCCUGUGGGCUACUGCAGUACUCGAAUAUAUGCCAGCAUGAAGUGCCCAGACCAAAAGUGUCUCUAUACCUGUCAGAUCAAGGAUGGUGGUUUGCAACCCCAGUUUGAAAUUGUUCCAGAAGAUGACCCCCAGAAUGCCAUUGUCAGCUCUUCCGCAAAUGCCUGUCAUGCAGAACUGCUCAGGGCAUUAAGUGCUACUGUGGGGAAACUAAUGUCUAACCUGCUUCCAUCUGGAGCUGACUUUUUUGGGUUUUCUCAUCCAACCAUCCACAACCUGAUCCAGAGCUGUCCAGGAGCUCGAAAAUGUGUCAACUACCAAUGGGUGAAAUUUGAUGUGUGCAAACCUGGAGAUGGGCAGCUGCCUCAAGGACUUCCGGAGAAUGAUGCAGCUAUAAGCUUCGAAGCCUUUCAGAGACAGACCUUUGACGAAGAUCAUAAUGAUCCCAUUCUGCAGGGAUCCUUGGACCUCCCAGAGCUUCAGCCUACAGCCUUCGUGUCGUCUUAUCAGCCCAUGUUCCUGACACAUGAACCUUUGGUAGAUAAUCACCUACAACACUUGAAGUCUCCGUCGCAGUGUAGCCCAGAGCAGUCUUCAGAUUGAAGAAGGAAUCAGAUGCCACAUCAUUUUCAUCAGGAUGACUUUUUUUAACUUAAACUGAAACUUAGACUAUAUGGAAGAAGGCAGUAAUUCAGGAGUGAGGAAGAUAUUAACAUUUUGUCAUGGAGGUUCCCAUGGUGAUAGUUUUCCCUAAGAAAAACUUCACCUGCUUUAUUUUUAGUAAUAAAUUUCUCUUGACAGUUCUGCUUAUUUUCAUCUUGUAAUUAGGAUAUAAUCUGUUUUGCUUAUCUCUGCCUCUGGUAGAGUAAACUUAAGUCUUUAUUAACCAAAGUAAGAGAUGACUGCUGACUUAUGAAGGAGUUAGAAAGAUUCUGACAACCUACCCUUGAUUCUGAGCCUACUUCAAGGAAUAUUAAGUCCCAGCCUCUACUCCAAAUGGCUGUUUUAUUUUCAUGUCAGUAUCAUCAAAAUUAAAUUCUGCUCAUCACCAAACUGGAGAGUCUAGUCCGAGACACACUUUGUCAUUUUCUUCACAUUACACAUCCUUCAAGGGGAUCAAAAGGUCCUCUUUAACCCUUUCUACAUCUUUCUGGUUCCUUAUUGGAGAAUAUGCUUUUAGCUAAAUACACUGAAAGCACAUGAUAACACAAAGUUACAUUGGAUUGGCUCCCAUCUCCAUAACAGACUCACCUUGUCAUUUCAUAAACCAUGUAACAGCAUAACUCCACAUUCAAUGCGACUGAGUUAUCUGGACCCUGUUUGUGGCAUUAAGGUGGAGGCUAAAACCGACUGCUCCACAGCAGCUGGUUGGAUGGCAUCAAGAGCAGCCCAGCAAGGAUCCACCCAGGUACCAGAGCUGGAAUGGGAAUGAACAAAAGGACUCCAGAAGUAGAAGAAUGGGGAAAGAAUGCUGAGAACUGGAUUGUUACUGUGCUACAAUUCAUAACGGGACAGACGACACAAAUGGGAUUAGCAUUUCAUAGGAAUGAAUCUGGCCAGCAGAGGGAGGGGCCCAGACAGCAGCAUUGGGAACAUACCAUACUGGCCACCAUAAAGUAUCAGAAACUAAAGUAACAUUAAUUUUAUGACUAUAAUCUUUUUAUAAGUUUGUAUAGUUUUUACAGUGCAAACAAAAUUUGGAUAGUGGUAAAUCAAGGGUUGAAAGGGUAUUACUCAAAGCUGUUAUUUAAUUUUUUUUUUUUCUCUAUAAGCUGACUGAACAUAUCUGUACUUAUACAGAAAUGAUAUAAGCUGCUUUUAUCAUAUAGUAAAUAUCCUUCCAUUCUAUCACAGCUUGAGUAAAACAUGAAAAUUUUUUAAUAAGUUAGUGUGCUGUUUAAUGAGUAUUCACUUUAUAGCUCUCGUAGAAUGGAAAGAACCCAUUAGAUCUUGACUCCUUAAACUUAAGGAGUCAAGAUCUACAUCUUUAAAAUUAAAUGAAAUAAUUAGAACAUACUGGAAUGCAUCGCAUGUUGCGAGGUUGAAACUUUGGUUUCAACUAUAGUGCGUAUAUAUAUAUCACAUGUAUUCGCGUGUAUGGGGAUAGAUGGAAUAAUGUCAAAUGUUUUUCCUGUGAAUCAUUUUUAAAAAUGUGAGAAAUAACUGCUAUAUUAUACUUAUAUCUUUUCAUCUGCUGGUUAAAGAUUUUUAAAAUGUGACAACAUCCAGUGUCAAUGAGAAUGAAGUAAAAAAAAUGGGAUGUUGAACCCUUUCGGAGGGUUAAGCUGUAGGUAUCAAAAUUUUAAACACAUUUAUCUUUAACUUAUUCCACAUUAAAGACCCUAAGGAAAUUAAGUAUGGUGUGCUGUUUGCAAGUAACAAUGCAGUAUUAGUUUAAUAGUGAAAAACUGAAAAAAAACUAUAUAUAUAUACCUCCAAUAAUGGGAAAUUGAUUAAAGUAUGAGGUUCCCACAAACUGAAACACUAAAUCUAUAUAUCAGUUUAUACAGGAAAAUUAUUUUGCUAGCAUAAGUCAAAAACAGAUUACAAAAUAAUAUACCAUGUAGUGUGUAAAAUGUAACCCCAACAAAUCAAGUGACUGAUCACCCAACUAUUGAGUGUAUCUCCCUAAAUGAUGAAUUUGGGGAAGAUUUUUACUUGCUUACACUUUUUGUUAGUGUCCAAAUGUUCUACAGUGAUUAUAAAUUUCAUUUUUCAAACAGUUAUUUCAAAAUGUUAUUUCAUUGGGAAAAUAAGCUGACUUCCCACAGAAUGUUUUAAAUUGUUCAACCAUUAAAAAGAAAUUAACUUUCA